GACAGAACUAUCUUCUAGCAAUAGUCAGCAUUCCUCAUAAAUAAGUAAAUUACAUUAAAUAGCCUAUACAUUUUGUAUGUUGCACGUGUAUCUUCUCUACCUCUCCCAACUGUACAGAAAUAUUUUACCAAUAUUAUGUCUGCAGAUGGUGACUUUAUUCUUGCCGCCUCGUCCUGCCCUGUUGUUCUUAGUCCUCUUGAGUGUGACUCUGAUGACUUCAGCAUUUCCCCAGCCUCAACUUCGACCUCUGCAAAGUAACUUGCCUGCUAUUGGUCAAGAGGAUUCCAAAGGUGAACAGUGGGAAGUGCUGUACCCCUCCAUCUCACUCCGUGAUUGGAGCAUUCAGAUGCUGACCGCCCCAGAUUUUGGUGCAGCUAAGUCUGGGGCAGAACAGCUGGUGGGGGAAAAUUGGUUUCCGCUCAGCCAGUCGCAGAUGGAGGAGGAGCUGGUGAAGGGCUGGCCGGGGAACUGGCCUUCAAGGCUGGGUCACCAGCAGAAGAGAAACAUAGUGGUAGCAGAUGACGCUGCAUUUAGAGAGAAGAGUAAGCUUUUGACAGCAAUGGAAAGACAGAAAUGGCUCAAUUCCUAUAUGCAGAAACUCUUAGUAGUUAAUUCCAAGUAAUUACAAUAUUUAUGUAAUUGUAUAUAUAUACUAAAAAAUAUGACAUUUUAUGUUGGAGAAAAACACAUUUGAUCAUCACAGAUGAUGUAACCAAUUCAAAAUGUUAAUUUAAGUAAAAAUAAAUAUUCUAUCAUUUAAUCAUGCCAUUUAAAUCUUGUAUGAUUUCCUUUCCCUCAUGGAAUACUAAAGGAGAUAUUUAGCACAAUGCCCAAGCUGCUUUUCUCCAACAAGAAAGUAAAUCAUAUGGUUUUAGAAUGAUAUGAUGUUAAUUAACCUAAAUGUUAAGAACUUUAAUUUAUCCCUUUGAAAAACUCUUUUG